AUGGAACUCAACCGAGAACAUUUUCGCGCCAUAAUUUAUUACAACUUUCAGAGACAAUUAUCGCAACAAGAAUGCCUUGCUGAGUUACUGUCUGUUUUCGGCAAUGAAGCGCCAGAUCAGUCGACAAUUUCCCGUUGGUAUGGAGAAUUCAAACCUAGACGGGUGAGUCUUAGCGACGAUCCCAGGAAAACGUCGAUGGUGUCCUUGAAGAUCUCAAAGACCUCAAUUAAAACAAAAUUACAUGAAGAAUUAGGAGUAAGAAACUUAGUCUCUCGUUGGAUACCCCACCUGUUGACUGAAGAGCAGAAAGCAGCCAGGGUAAAUUGGUGUGAAAAAACGCUUGACCGUUUCAAUUCCGGAAACUCAAAAAAUGUGUACAGCAUUGUUAGUGGAUUUACUUGGGCUGUUUGGGUGUUCCAAGGUGAAGAAAAGCCAACAAAAGUCAUCCAUUCUCGAAGUGUUUCGAAAAAGAUGGUCGCGACAUUUGUGUCAAAAGCGGGUCAUAUUACAACAAUUCUUCUUAAUGAGCAAAGAACUGUUACUGCGGAUUGGUAUAUUACCAUUUGUUUGCCAAAAGUCAUCAGCGAGCUUCGAAAAAUCAACCCCGAAAGAAGAAUCAUCCUCCACCAAGACAAUGCAAGCUCGCACACAGCCCAAAAAACAAGGGAGUAUUUAACGCAGGAAAACGUGGAAUUAUUGGACCAUCCUCCAUAUAGUCCCGAUCUAAGUCCUAACGAUUUCUUUACUUUCCCGAAAAUUAAAAACAGACUGCGCGGUCAAAGGUUCCAGUCACCAGAAGAAGCAGUUGACGCAUUCAAAAAUGCCGUUUUAGAUCUGCCAGCAAACGAGUUGAAUAAGUGCUUCGAAAAUUGGUUCGAGCACUUCGAAAAACAAUAA